AACAAAUCAACUGUUUCUCUUUUAAAUUGGACCCAUAUCUUUAAUAUAUGAAAUGAAUGAAUUAUAUAAGUAUAGUUCACAGCUCAACCUACCUAUAUAUUUCAAACCUUGCUCACCACAUUUUCUCUUAAAUUAUUUACUUUCUCUUCCCCAAUGGAAAGGGAAGACUCUUUCCAAACUCAUGAACUUUGUCUUCAACCAACCACUUCCUUAUCUUCAUCCAUUAUUGUCUCAACCUCUAAUUCCUCUUCAGAAGAAGAAGCUACUAAUAUUAAAACCAAAAAAUUAAGCAAUAGUACCAAAAAAGAAAAGAAAAAGAAGAAAGUGGCAAUGGUGAAUAGAGUGAUUCAUAAAAAUGAUGAUAUGAAGCAUCCAACAUAUAGAGGAGUAAGAAUGCGUCAAUGGGGCAAAUGGGUAUCAGAAAUUAGAGAGCCAAGAAAAAAAUCAAGAAUUUGGCUUGGAACUUUUCCGACUCCUGAUAUGGCGGCUCGAGCUCAUGAUGUCGCGGCUCUUACUAUCAAAGGCUCUUCGGCUUACCUUAAUUUUCCUGAAUUAGCUACGAUGUUGCCACGGCCAGCUAGUGCCUCUCCUAAGGAUAUUCAAAUAGCAGCCGCCAAAGCAGCCGCGACUAUUUACAAUCAUCCAACCAAUCAAGUUGAAUUGGAAGCUGAAGUCGAGCCGAGCCAAGUUGUUUCUUCUUCUUCUUCUUCACCUUCUUCUUCGGGCCAUAGUGAAGGGUCAUCGUUGAAUGGUGAGGAUGACAUGUUUUUGAACCUUCCCGAUCUCACACUCGAUUUAAGACAUAAUAGUGAUGAUGGGUUUUAUUACUCCUCGCCAGCUUGGCUCGUAACGGGAGCUCAAUAUAUAGACUCGGGUUUUCGGCUCGAAGACCCUUUUAUGUGGAACUAGUAUCAAGUCAUCUAAUCAAACAUAUCAUCGAGUCUAGUGUAAGUAAUUGAUGUGCAGUGUGUGUUAAUUAUGUAAAUUUUAUGUACCAAGUUUGAGUCCUAUAUUUAUUAAAAAAAGUUAAGCAUUUUGUUA